UCCCGAUGUUUGUCGACAAUUGGGAGCGAAUUACCUUUAACACAGGUCACGACGAUGGAAGUGCGAUCAACUGGAUGGCGAGUUUGGGCAUCAGAACCACAUAUGGUAACGAAAAUGCACGGGUAUACGUCAAGUUUGGAGUUGCUCCCGAUGUCUUUGAUUUUCCUGGCUACACUCUACGACUGUACAAGAACACGGAAUCAAACGCACUAGAAACAAAAUUUCUACGGCACGUCAAGGGCAUGGAAGAAUAUUACGUGACGUUUAAUGCGAUAACCGAGUCAGGAAAUUACAGAGUCACGUUGGUGCCAUGCGAGGGCAUAUGUCACGAGGAAGGUAAAUGCGUGAACUCCCUUGGAGACCCCGACGCGUGUACACCGACUUCAGCCCCUUUAUUCAUAAAGGAUGCAUGCAACGCCGCAGCGGAGUGGCAAACGCAGUUCUUUGCAGCCGACUGCAUUGAUGGACUAUGCAAGGUUGCGUUCGCAAAAGCAAAUACUCCGAGCUACCCUCUAAAUUAUAGUUUAACCAUGCAUAAAAGCUCCCAGAACAGCACGACAACAACACUGAGAAUUGUGAAUGGAAGCGAUUCAUUUUAUGAUUUCUUCAUCAGCGCUACAGGCAAAUACAGUUUCUCGUUACAGAUCGACGAAACGUACGGGAUCGUUUGUAAGCCUCUGUUCAACAAUACCGAUAGAAUCGAGUGCCCUUGCCAAACAGUAUUCGCUGAUGGCGGCUACGUGGUGGGAGUUGGUCCAGGCCCAGGAAACGAAACUACUUACAACGUGCUGAACGUGCUAAAGAACGUGCUGAUUGCAUUCAUCGUUGUUCUGACCAUGCUUGCUGUCCCCUACGUCGCGUACAUGCUCAUACGGUGGUGCACACGGACUAAGGAACCAGGCAAUGGAAAUGACACAGAUAAUGCAGAAGCCGGCUGCGAGAACACCUGUCUUUCAGUGCGGCCACGCGUCUUCCUGUGCGCCUACCCUGACCACCAGCCGCACUGGAACGCCGUGGAGAGCCUCGCUGAUUGGCUGAGCGACGCCGCUGGCUGUGACGUGACGUUCGCGCCGCGGAGCAUCGGCGAACUCGCCAUCACGACGAAGACCGAGUGGGUGGAGGGCCACCUGCAGGCCGCCGACAAAAUCGUCGUCGUCGAGUCGGAGGGCAGCGCGCGGCACAGGGACGCGCUGAAGUCGGGCAGCGUGUGGCGCCCCCUGGAGACGCGCGCGCUGGUCGUCGCCCCCUGUCUCCUCGAACUGGUGAUAGACGCGUACCUGAGAGCAACCGACGUGCUGCUGAUGGGCGCGCCACCUGGCGACCGCAACGCGCAGGUCGCGCGGAAGCAUGUGUUCGUGACCUUCGACGACGAAGUUCAAGGUCGAAGAGUCGCCGGCAACGACGUCGUCACGCUUACGAACGCCUCUCACCUGAAAAAGCUGCGCGGUCGCAUACAUAACGGCAAACCUGACUCGCGCGUGAGCCAGGCGGAAGCGGCCGACGCGAGAGAGAGACUGCUGAGUGCGAUAGCAGCGCGCCGUGCGCACGAGAGAGAAGAUGAUGAUCACGAGCACUCACGAACUGCAGUCUCUAUACGUCUCCUGCGUGUGACACACUCCGAAUAACAGGAAUAGCGGGGCAGGUAUGUGUACAUAUUAAGAAGAAUUCACCAAAAUCGGCGUGUAUGAUGUUAAAGGUAUACUAAAUGAUUUCAGAUACAGUGCCAAGCUGGUUUUUUACCGUAACGUACACCCGUAACGAUAGAAUAUCCAAGAUGGCCGCCGCGAGAUUCUAAAUAUCUAUUAAUUGUUAUAUAUAAGUGUUAUGUACGUUGCUACCUGGGGAAGUGGGGGUGAGACCAACGUGAAUACCAUGACUUUGUCAAUUGCGAACUGUCCACGGUUAACUGCAAAGAACACAAACCGCGCCUGGCUUCGCUCUCCUCUCCAACGUACGUCUUGUACGUCUUCGAUAGGGGCCCCUACGCAUUUAUGUAUGUUUUCUCUACGCGCGCAACAGAGGCGCGACUGAUUAAACACACAUCAAAUAUAUACAGCGAAUAUCGUUGCGUUAGGUCAUAGAAAUGUAUAGAUACACCUAUGUUAGUCUACCUAUAUUAUUUCUAUGCUUCUAUGGCCCGUUGUACUGUAUAGAUUGGAGCUACUAGCGACCUCCACCCGCGCCUACAGCAAGACUGAGUUGCUCUGAUAGUGUAACGUAUCAACAAUAAAUAAUAAUAUUAAGACCAGUAUGUACUCUAAAUAUUUACUCCUGAUAUCUGUGCGCGUGCGUGUGUACGCGUGUGUAUAUAGUAUAAAUGUAUGAUGUAUGGGCUUUUAGUCAAUCGGAAAACCCAUUCGGCUCGUUCCGUCAUUCCUAGAAAAGAAUUCCUAUUCUGUUGAAUGGUCCGAGGGUUCCCGAUUGGGCUUUUAGUAAUAUAUAUGUUUGCUCGAGUCGAUCACACCGACACGCGUUGUCUACGACGCAGGAAAUAGUCUUGAUUCUCAACGACACGGCGGGUCGAAUCGGUUAAAAUUGGUUUUACCAACCACAGAAUAUUGGUGUUAUACUCUCCAAGUCGCUCCCUAGGAGGCAUCUCUUCAGUAACGACCUUACAGAGACCACUCACACACACCCCACCCCCACUCCCACCCCCGCAAAGUAUCAAACACUACCUCAAUACUAAAAUAAUAAGAGACGAUGCGUAAUCUCUCUCUCGUCACAGGCGGCGGUUAUCCAAAUGUAUAUUUGUCAAAGGCAAUAUAGCUUUUCAUGAAUGCUGCGUAUCUAUGUAGUCAACAGCCAGAAAUCAAAGAAACGUUGUCUGUGUUUGUAUUGAGUCUUGCUUGAGAUUAAUUGACAGAUUACGCAAUUCACUACUGAAAUCUACAAUUGCUUAACAUCUGUGGAUUUGUAUAUACACGAUAUGCACCUUGUAUAUAUUUAGUAAACCAAACUUAAAAAUAGGAGUUCAUUGAAAUAAACUGUAUUAAGUUCGAUUGAAUAACUGCUAACUUCUAUUACCGUCCACUACCACGAAUGCUUUUUUUUUGGAAAGUCCCAGCCACCUCUGACAACCAUAGCUUAAUGUGCUGUGUUUUCACUCUUUUAUUCUUUAUGAAAUUCUAGUAUGUAUGUCAUGCUAAAUCGUACUUGCCAGAUAUAUAAUUGUGUUUGUUAUAUAAAUGUAUUGUGUACAAAAUAAAUGCUAUUAUUGUAUCUUUUUCAU